AUGCCGAUGUCUUCAUCUUCUUCGUUCUCUUCUCCUUCUAAUUUGUCUUUCUACUGCCGUCAACCUGCUCAACUACACAUAUCAAAGACUCCAUCAAAUCCCGGUAAGAAAUUUCAUGGAUGCAAGAACUGGAGCAAUGGGGGUUGCAAGUUCUUUAGAUGGGAGGAUGAACCAGAUAGCUCGAACAAUCAACUUAUGGCCAAUGAAUUGAUUAAACACAUGAACAAGAUGCUACUGCUUGAAGCCGAGAACCAAAAAAUGAAGGAGAGUGUUGCCCUCCAAUUUCAGCAUGCGCAGGACAUUUAUGUGGAAGAAUUUUCCAAAAUUCGACAAAAUAUCUGGAAGCUCGAAGUGUUUGUUGCUGCAACAUGGGUUCUGUUCGUCAUUUUUAUUGUUGUUGUCAUGUGGUGA